AUGUCUCAAUGGCGCUUCAGGGGAUCUAGCCCUUUCUCUAAUUCCUUGCUAUCUAUCGAUCUGUCCAAGGACUGGACAAGUGAUUCAGUCCGGUUCGACUCAACAUCCAAACCGACCGGUGCCGCCAACCUCGCUGGCGCAGGAAUCUGGGUAGACGAGACUGAAGGUGUCCUAUACACGGGGUUCGCCGGCGUCAAGUCGAGCUUUGGGGACAACGCCAAUCAACCUCAAGGUCUAUGGUCAUUUAAGCCAGAUGGUAAAGGCGGCGGAACCUGGCAAAACCUGAACAGCACUGCGGAUAAGACGUUUACAGAAAAGCCGAGACCGUUCAAAGGGAAAACAGCUAGUGGCAAUGGUGUUGGUUACUUCCUCGGAGGAUUUAAUAGGUGGAGCACCAAUGAAUCUGACUUCCGCGAGGGACCGGUGAGUGGCCUUCUCACGUACGACUUCGCGUCGAAGACGGCCACCAAUACAUCCGUCUCCAUUGCUUCCACAGAAGGAUCGGAACAAUUUGGCAGCAUACUCUAUGUUCCCAACUUCGGCAAAAAGGGGAUCCUGGUUUCCGUGGGAGGUUUCAUAGGGGCCAUGAAGGCAGGCGAAGACGACGAGAAGCUGGUUUCCAUGGACACCGCACGCAUCUUCGACAUCGACAGCAAUGCGUGGUUCGAACAAAGCACAUCAGGCACUUCGCCUGCUCCAAGACAGGAAUAUUGUAUGGCAGGCGUGGCGUCGGACAACCAGACCUACGAAAUUCUCAUCUACGCCGGCUGGGGUCGUCAUCUGGGCAGCUCAUCUGUAUCUUUCGACGAUGCAUACGUGCUCACAUUGCCUGGGUUCUACUGGACCAAAGUCCCCUACACGGCACGGAACCCCAGACACUCGCUCAGCUGCAACGGCGUCGGUGGUGGUCAGAUCAUAACAAUCGGAGGCGUCGACAGUACCAGAGAAGGGCCCGGAACAUUGUAUAAGGGUACAUUCACGACCAGCGAUCCCUUCCCACAGGGCAUCGCGGUAUUUGAUCUGGCUACCUUGAAAAUUACAGACACUUACAAAGCGAACCGAACCUCGUACUCGCCUGCCUCGGCUAUUCAGUCAUAUUACGACGACAAAGGCAGAAAACCCGAAUCCGGCUUCACGAACAGCCAAUUAGAAUCCGUCUUCGCACAACAAUACUUCAAAGCCACCAACAACAGCGACGCCUCCUCGCCAUCGACUCCCUCCGACCCCUCUUCGCCAUCUGCCUCCGGCUCAACAAAUGACCCCUCCGACAGCAACGGAAGCAAAAGCGGCGGCGGCAGCAGCAGCAACGCAGGGGCCAUUGCCGGCGGCGUGGUAGGCGGCGUGGCAGCCAUUGCUGCCGGGAUAGCGCUGGGUUAUUUUCUCGCUCGAAGACGUACGAAGAAGAGGGGGCUGAUGGAGGAGAAUGCGGAACAAUCGCAAGGGCAGCCAGGGCUGCCUGGACAGCAGCAGCAGCAGCAGCAGCAUCAACAACAAUCGUCGCUGGGACCCGGACAGCAGCAAGUACAGGAAAGCAAGUGGCAGCCGGGGGCUUACGAACCUUACCCUGGUGGUAAUGGGUAUGGUGUAGAUGGGUACCAUCAACAGCCGGUUCAUGAGCUUCCGCCGGAUCAUGUUGUUCAUGAGAUGCCGGAGAGGAGAAAUGUUAGUGAGAUGCCUUGA